GCAUAUUUACUGAAUAUAGUCGGACGCCUCAUUUGCGACGCCAUUCUACGUACUUUAUAGCCCUCUCCAUACAGUUAUUCGAUCAAACGGACUCCAUCUACCAUCUUUAACACUGUUUGGCGUGCUGCGUGACCGGUUCUAUUACUGUUUCAAAAGUUUAUGUUCAUAUUUAUGAAUUCUGUGCCUUUAUAUUUCACUACAACGCAAGCUUUAUCAUGAGUACAGAUAGCAUCGAAAAGUUGUAUAAAAACUUUGGCAUUUUAGCUGAUGCCAAAGAUAAGUUAGCCGAACAUGAAAAAGAAUACUUAGAAAUUUUGACUGCUGUUAAAGGAUCAUCCAAAGAGAAACGUUUAGCAUCUCAAUUUAUUGCAAGGUUUUUUAAAUAUUUUCCAAAAUUAGCUGAUCAAGCAAUAGAUGCUCAUUUAGACUUGUGCGAAGAUGAAGAUAUGGCGAUAAGGAAACAAGCUAUAAAAGAUUUACCUACUUUGUGUAAGGAUAACAAAGAGUACACUGCAAAAAUUGCUGACAUUUUAGCUCAAUUAUUACAAGCUCAAGAUCCAUCUGAAUUAGCAGUUGUGCAUAACAGUGUUAUGUCUCUUUUGAAAAGUGAUCCAAAAGGUACAAUAAGUGGAUUCUUUAGUCAAAUUAUUAAUGGAGAUGACGGAACAAGAGAAAGGUGUAUUAAAUUUUUAGCUACAAAGUUGAGAGCAAUAGGUCAUGACAUUAUUACUAAAGAACCAGAAGAUUUAUUAAUUGCAGAAUGCAAGAAAGUCCUACAAGAUGUAACAGCCGAUGAAUUCCAUAGUAUCAUGGAAGUUCUUAGCUGGACUAGAUUAGGCUCUACUAUUACUGGCCAGCAAGAAUUAAUUGACAUCACGGUUGAGCAAGCUGAACUUUCUGUGCCAUUUAAGCAUACAAAUAUUGAACAGUGGAGCCGACUGAUACAAUGUAUCAAACAUGCUCUUCCAUUCUUUAGUUCUCAGAUUGAUUCAUCAAGAUUUGUUUCGUAUAUCUGUGUUCAAGUUUUACCACAUUUAUCAUUAAUUAAUGCAUCUGAUGGGAGGGAUAGCCAGUUGGAGUUAUUAAAACUUCUUGCAGAAUUAACUGUAUUUUGUGGAACAAUAGAAAAACCAGAAGAAAAAGUACAACAGUUAUACAACACAUUAAUUACGUAUAUGCCUCUUCCGCCAGCUACAGAGAUAACAGAUGUCCCAAAGUUACAAUUUAGUCAUGUGGAAUGUUUAAUGUAUGCUUUUCAUAAACUAUGUAAGCAAACACCUGAAUUUUUGGUAAAAGAUCCAGAACAACUUAAAGAAUUCAGACUUAGGUUGCAAUAUUUCGCUCGGGGGAUUCAAGGCUAUAUAAAAAAAUUACGUGAAGCAAUUAGCGGCAAGUCUGAAGAAGAAUUAAAUUCAGAAGAGAAUCAGUUAAAAGUAGUAGCAUUGAAAACAACAAACAACAUUAAUACUUUAAUUAAAGAUCUAUUUCAUUCACCACCCAGUUUUAAAAGCGUUAUACAUCUAUCAUGGAAAACAUCAAUGAAUGAUAAAAAGAGUGAAAAAAAUUCUUCAAGUCAAAAAAGACAUACUCCUAUCACAUUUGGAAAUGAUAGUAGUACCAGUAAACGGAAUAAAGAUGAAAAGAGUAAUAAAAGGGAAAUAUAUACACCUCCAAGUGGAAAAUACAGUUCAAAUAUAUCCUCGAAUUAUGGAAGCCGUGGUAGAUUUAGAGGUAACAGGUCUGGUGGACGAGGUGGCUACAGGCCAAGAGGGCGUAGUACUUGGAGGAAAAGUUUUUACUAAAUAUCAGAUAGUAUG